AUGAGAAAACUCUGGCAAGGAACUCACUGGAUAGUUUGGCUUCAUCUGUGGCAGUGUGGCGCACGUCUCUGCCCUUCUGUGCCUCUUCUCGGUGCUAGCAUUGACUGCAGCAGCUCUUGUCCCUGCUAUUUGCCCCAUCGUUUUGUUGGCUCACGUAGGGGGAAAAAAAACUACAAAGUUGCCUUUACGCAGCAAGAGUUGAGAGAGAGACUGACUCCUGAGCAAUACCAUGUUACUCAAGAAAAAGGAACAGAAAGUGCCUUUGCUGGAGAAUACACACACAAUACAGCAGAUGGGAUGUACAAAUGUGUGGUCUGCGGAGCUGUUCUUUUUAAGUCUGAAAAAAAGUUUGACUCCAACUCAGGCUGGCCUUCAUUCUAUGAUGUGAUUAACCCAGAAGCAGUAUCUUUUACUGAUGACUUUUCAUAUGGAAUGCACAGGGUAGAAGUCGGUUGCAGUCAGUGUGGAGCACACCUUGGCCACAUAUUUGAUGAUGGACCUCGUCCUACUGGUAAAAGAUACUGUAUAAACUCUGCAUCAUUAAACUUUGUUCCAGAGGUGCCUGAUGCCGCCAUAGACAGCACAUCGGCUUCAUCUGAAAAGAAUGAACUGUAAACAUGACAACAGAAUUAGCAAAUUAUUCUUAUAGCCUGUGUCUAUGGGAACCAACCUUCCCUCGGACUGCCUGCACCAUUGCUGAAUUUUGCAUUUACUACAUAACUAACAUUCACCAUUUUGCCUGAUGUAUUUAAAAAUAUUGCCUUUAUUCUGUUAGCUAUAUGUCCCGACUUGGUUACUAAUGUUAAACUUUUUUGAAUAGUUGAAGCCACACAGAGUAGGUGAAUUGAAUAAUUCAGGUAGACUUUUGUAGACUCUUUUUCCAUGUAGCAAAUAUUACUGCAAAAUAAGACGAGUUGACUGAAUUGAACAGAACAAAGGUGAGGCCAGAGGAGUUGCGUUAGGAACACAUGCAGUGAUUUGUACCUGUUGUCACUUGUUGCCAAGAGUUUUAGUAUCUUGUAGACUGAUAAAAUUAAAGGGGCAGUAUCCCCUUUGUUCAACAAAAGCUCAAUGAAUAGGGCUUGGGUUGAACAUACUUUUUGCCUGUUGUUUUAAUAAUGAAAAAUCUGUGGUUUUCAUUAUUUCUUUAGCUAAACAGGUCAAACAAGGUGACUGAAGCUACUUCAUGCUUGCUGCUUGUGAGGUAGAUAAUAGAUUACCAGUAUACAACCCCCUCCCUUCUACCUCUUUUGUGAAGUUUCUUAUAGUCCAUUAUGCAGGGGGUUAUCUGUGCAUCUAACAAUCUAGCUUGCAAGGACCAAACAUAGAGUUGCUUUAGUCUCUCUGCUUGGCCUGUUUAGCUGAAGAAAUCAUACAUAGUUUUUUCAAGAUUAAACAGUAGACAAAAAUGAUGUUUGGAACCAUUCCUUUCCAUUAAACUCAUGUUACAAAGAAGGCAUACCAGUUGUCCAAGCUGGUUCUUAAUUUAGAUGUGGUUUUGCCACAUUCUAUACUGAAAAUGUAUCUUUUUUUCUGGUUGCUGUUCACUACUAGCAUCGGUAACUUUGCUAAAGCAUAGAUCCUGAUGGUGAGAUUAUUAGAAUAAUUAGUAUUUUGUUUUACUCUCCAUUCAUUUUCAUAUUCCAUUCUAUCAUCCCUACCACAUUCUAGUUGCCACCAAUUAUAAAAGAAAGACCAAAUGCAUAUUGUUUUACAAUACCAGGAUCUCCAUGGUUGUUUCUCGAGCUCAACUUUGGGGCUUGCUUGCUGCUGCUUCUUCAACUUAGCAAAUGUCCUAAAUAACUACAUUCUUAAUGUUCUCCUUCUGACUAUGUAAAUGUGAUUAGCAUUUGCAAACACUUAUAACCCUAACUGUAACUGUAGACUUGGUAGUGAUUUUUAAAUGUAUAACACCUCAGUAUGGGAUAAUGGUUCCUAUGCACUCCUAUUUUUAAGGUUCAAACAGCAACCAAAGUGUGCUAGCUGAAGUGGGUGAACAUUAACGAUAACUAGAACACUUAGCACCACCAUGGGAAAGAAGCUUCAUACACAUAAGACUUCCAGCAUCUGCAUGAACAUAAUAAUAUCAAAACUAGCUGCUGACUUCUGAUGUGUGUGAGAUGCUUUCCUUUAAUGUCAUGGCAAUGUUUAAAACCUCUGUAUUGUUGACUAGGACAGUUCUGUAAGGCCUUAGCUAAAAAGCUUGAGAAACACUAAUAUACAUUAAAUCUGUGAGAUAAUAGUCCGAUAAAAUGGGUAUUAUGGGGAGUCAGAACUUUGUAGCAGAUGUGUGAAAGAAAAGCAAGUUCUUGGUUCAUUUGCUAUAUAUCAGAUUCACAAUUGGUUCUCCUAGUGAGUGAAGGACUGUAUCUAGCACCCUGUUCUGUUCAUCCAGGCUACCUUUACAGGGUGGUUUCAGAAACUUUGUAGCGACAGGGUAAUAAUGCCCCUGUAAGUUUGUGGUGCCGGUAACUAGAUCCACUAGUGAAUGCUGCAACAUGAACAGAUAAUGGUUAUGGAGCAAAACCUGAUGAAAGUACAGGUACGGGAUCUGUUAUCCAGAAACCCAUUUACAAAAAGCUACGAAUUACGGGAAGGCCAUCUCCCAUACACUCCAUUAUAAUCAAAUCCAAAUUACGGAAAGAUCCCUUAUCCGGGAAACCCCAGGUCCCUCACCUGUACAAGCAAGUCAAGCACUGUUUCCACUUUACAGGAAAUGGCUAAACUUUUUAUAUAUAUUUAUGCUUUUUCUAUUGGAAUUGUGAAUCAUUUGGGGUCUUGGAUAGAAAAUAUACAGCAAAAGUUAGUUAGACUGUUUCAGCAUUUAUUUCUUCAGUGUAAAUUACAUUUAAACGCAACAGAAUAUCUACCAAAGCAUGCUACUGUAAUCCCAUUUGUUUUCUAUGGGUUACUGUACAGAAACAGCAAGGAAAAGGAGUUCUUUUUUUUCAAAGGUUUUUCCAUACUUAAUCUUUGUAAGGAUUUUUCUGUACUUGAAAAUUAUAUAUCAAGUAUGAAAACCUGUUUUAUCUUCAUUUACUGAUUUUGAGAAAAGGGUAUCUGUGCUAAUGGUUCAUCCUUCUUUUGAUCCUUAUCUAUACUCUGUUUACUAGGGUUUAUUUCCAAAAGUCUACAAAUAUAUAUAUUUUAAUUAUAGGCUCAUUAGCGCCAGAAAGUAUUUUCUUAAAUAAGUGUACAGUAUGUUAAAUAGACUGAUACAUUGGAAUGCUUUGAUAAUUCUCUUAUAUUUCUAACUUUAACUUACAAAAUGAGGUAUGUAUUUUUGUAUCCUAAUUGCUUUCUGUAGUCUUACCAAGUAGACUAUCUCCAUCAUAUGAGUGCUGUUACCAAUCUGUGUAUUAUUUAUUGGUAUUAAAUGCAUACCAGUUAAUCAUGUACGGCUGCUCAUUAUCUCUGUAAACUAAGACCCACAACACACAGGUAGUGAUGAGUGAAUUUGUCCUAUAAAGCUCCUCCGUAAAAUCUGCAAAAUGGCAAGAAAAGGCGUGAAACAACGAAAAAUCCACGAAAGGCGUUUGACUUACCAACCACAUGGUUACUUACAACCAUAGUGAUUUGUCCCCACCAGGAGAUGCUUCCCAUUCAUGUGAAUGAAAAACAUGCUGCUUAUGACACAUGCUGGUAGGAGGGCUGUCACUUAGGAACAGAGGAAUAAGCAUUUCCGGAUGAUAGUCUAUUACUGACAGAAGUGUUUAUCAUAGCCAGCAUGUUUCCCAUUCAAGUUAGUGGGAAGCAGCUGCCAGCAUGGAGAGGCUUUUUUGAUUGCCACAUGUGGUAUUCAAAAUUCCCCUGUGUUCCAUUGCAAUGUGGCUUGUAGCUUAUGCUUAUUAUACCAAGAGAAAGACAGAUAUGUAUUCUUAAACAUUGUUCUUGCAGCUUAAUGUUAGUUAGAAACAUAAAAUCUGACAGCAGAAUGGACUAAUGUUUCCAUCUAGCCUGCCCAUUACAGGCCCUGGCAUUGUUUCAGACUUGCUUUAUACCACCUGCUUGUUUGAAUUCAUUUACUAUAAUACCAAUCUUAGCUUUAAAAUCAUACCAGUAAGAAAUAAGGUAAUAUAACCUUUAAUUACAAUGCUACAAUGAACAAUGCUACCCAAAAAUAAACAAGCAGCUAAUAACAUUGAAAUAAUGCAAACUGCAGGUAGAAAAUUCCAGCCCUCAAAAGAUAUAGUGCUGCACUGUGUAUUGUACCAUAUUCUUUAAAUUUCAGAGAGGUGUGGAAGUUAAUUCCACUUUGUUGUGUACAGCAGGAAGAAUCACUUUCUGUUCUGAAUUUUCACAUUUAUACACUGUUAAGUAUAUUUAAGGGAAAAUAAAUACUGUGCGUGAGUUCAUAAAGCCCAAUAAAUAAUAAAUAUGUUGAAAAUGUGUUCUUCUUUUUAAAAUAAAUACACAAAUAUUAUACUGUAUGCAAACAGUAAAUAGGUGUUAUGCUACUGUUUUCUUAUCCAUGGUUCAAUUUUGUUGUGUGUUAUACUCAAUUUCUGUCUCCUCAGGUGUAGAGUGCUAGUAUUCAUAAUAACCUGAGCCAAAGCAUACAGAACAUAUUUUUAAUAAAACUAUAGAAGGCU